CACCGACUUGCUCUGUAUCACCUAUCACAGUUCACCAUCGCGCCUCUCGUCUCCAUCUUCGCCAUCGUCAAAAUCGCACCACCGUUGUUCGCCUCUCCCGUCGCUCCUGUCGUUGAUGUGCCGCGCCGCCGUCGACAAGUCUCCUGUACGUCACAUCCCUUUGUCCGUCGCCACCUCUACCUCGUUCACGAUCUCAGUCGUAACCCUCUACUCGGUUCAUCGCGAGAGAGGGAGAAGAUAGGAAGGUAGCUGGAGAGGCCUGGGAAAAGAAGAGGAAAGAAGCUGUCUCUCGGUCGGAUUGGACGAAAGGAAUACUGGUGCCGGCUGUGCUGCUACAUAGUCACCGUCGGCCACGGGGACUGUUGACAGACUGAUCAUGACUGAAUCGGGUCACGGUUUGUUUGGGCCCAAGACCAGAUACGACCACCGGAG